AUGGAUUCAAGUGAUCUCCAGUAUCUCUUCAAAGAGACCCGCUUGAACCUCGAACCUCCCUCCCCGUCCUCCGUCGUCACCAUCCGAGUGCCCGCUGGCUCAGGCAGCAGAGGCAGGCCCAAGCUGUCGCACGAUGCCGAGGACGAGACGACCUUUCGAUUGAAGAACCUGGCCACCGCGGCGUCGAUUUACAGGCGGAAAUGGCACGACUCGCCGCGCAACUUCCUGUGGAGGGUGCUGGAGGAUGGCACGCUGCUGAGCAUCCGCGCGGUGGACGUCAGCAAGAAGGACAAGGCGGCCGAUGCGUCCCUCAUCAUCAACUUCCACUUCACGGCGCCCAUCCAGCAGGGAUGCGUGGUGUUUUCGGACCCGGAGGAGCACGAUGCGCUGUGCGUGCAUGUGCUGGAUCAGGCUUGCUACCUGUACACCUUCACCCUGCGGCCGGACCUCUUCAAGAGGCGAGGCGCCGUGGAUGCUGGGCUGCCCGAUAUCUGCAAGGUCCAGUCGCCGGCUGGUCUCAGCUUCAAGUAUCCUCAUCGCAUGGUGGCUGUGUCGGCCAAUACGCUUCUUGUUACGGUCAAUGAUGGCGGCAUGAUUCGGUUCGACAGGCAGAAGGGAGACGAUGUAUCGACUGCGCUGUGGAAAGAAUCCUUCUUCAACGUCCAGGGAUGGGCGCAGAAUCUACGGAGUCUCUUGCCGUUCCACGGUAAACACACCAUCAGGUACGGAAAGGCCAACAUGGAAUACAGCACCGCGACAUCCAUCGACAUCUCCGACUUUGGGCUCGACAACUGCCUGUUCGCAGUCACCGUUUGCCUCGACCACCGAAUCCGUAUCUGGAAUGCCAACGACGGGCAGAUUCUGCAGACACUGGACAUGUUGAACGUGGAGAGGCCGCCUCAGGAGCUGGGCAAGUGGUCGAUUGACCCGGCACAGUCGAAUCUCCUCAGGAUUGUUGGCCGGACUCGCGGCCAGAGAAUCUGUGCGACUUACUCGCCCAUUGGCCCUGGGGAGUUUAAGUUUUGGAAGAUAACCGCCAAGGAUGCCCAUAACGUUGUCAUUGAGGAUCUCUUCUCCAAGUGCUCGCUAAUCCCAGUCACCCCGUCAUCUUCGGAUAUCUGGACGUUGGCCGACUUCGUGCUGGCCUCCUCAGAGGAAGGUCAAAUCAGCUUGUGGACCCUUUGGAAGAACAACAUGACAUACCGAGUUCAGCGAUUGGAGCUUGAUCGGAAGAAUAUGGCGCAGUCGUGGGAGGAUAGCUGGGACGGCGUAUAUUCCGAGCAGCGAAGUCUUUCUGUACAGACGUCGGGUCCCUGCGACCCCACUGAUGUCACGGAGAAGUGGCUGCAGAUGAUUCUGCAGCCAGGGAGGUUUACCAAAGCGACUCUCGAAGCUGCGCUUGCCAUAUAUGAGCGUGGCUUGGGCGCUCCAAGGGAGAACAACAAGGGGCGUGGCCUGGCUGAGUCAAUUUGCUCGGUCCUGGGUUCCACUGCAACGCUGGAUCGCGGAUCAAUGGGCGAGAUGGACUACGAGCAGUUCCGAUCGUCUAGCGAGACCCAGUGGAGGAGGUUCUACCGGUUGCUGAAUGAGCUCGAUAAGCAGCGAGGAGAGGCUAUCGGCAUGGCCUUUGAUGCGGAUGCCGACAUGGUUUGGGUGGUGUGUGCGGAUCUCAUAUCUUCCGUCCGGGAAUGCAGUCACCUGGAACGACUCUAUCACAACAUAGCCACGCCGGAUCAAGGAUCGGUGAGGCAAGCUGACUUGAUCGGUGCCGGAUUAACGCUGGUGGAAGGGUUCCCGGACAAUGUGGUGCAGACGUGCACUGCUGCGCUGAGGCAUGAGCUGUUUGGAGAAUCCUCUAAGACAGAUAUCCAGCGGAUACAGUACUUCUCAGACAAGGCCGGCUUCUGGCGAGGCAUCACAGAGGAAGACGCCCAGCAGGUGGUGGAGACGCUGGACACCAACUUUGCAGCCGUGACCAACGAGCUCUAUCGAAAGGUGCUCGGCCUCAUAGUCACGCCGUUGGACGACAGGAGCCGAAGCCCCAACCAUCCCCUGACGGAGUUUGGCAGGAAGCUCGUCAUGACGGCGGCGCAAGACAACAUUGCCCUGCAAUGGAAAGUAUGCUUCAGUCAGCUCAUUCUCCUCGUCCAUAUGGAGUAUGAGUUUGACUCGGAAGAAGAGAUCCUCCACAACAGGAUUGAUGUCGGGACCGUCUUCCGACAGCUCCUCGCGAUAUUGAAGAGGCUGGAGCUUCUCAAGUGGCUUUCCCAGACCGAACUGGCCAUUCCGCUACCCGAGCACAGCCUAUCUUCUCUAACAAAAAGAGGAGAGGAUGUCCAGGUGGUGACCGCACUGGAAGCCAACGUCGGCCAUUUACUGGGCUUGCAGGGGCUGCCGGGCGAGUCGCUCGCAAUCUGCAUCACCGAUCUCGUUACCAACCUCUGCUCACCCAAUGGCGAUAUCGAGGUGUCCCCGUCACUCAUACAGUGCUCCCUCGUCAAGCGCGACAGAGCGGAUCUGGCACUGGACCUUGAACCGUUUUGCGACCAAAAUCCCUUUUCCAUCUACAUUCACGGCCGGGUCUUGUUGGCGUUGAAAGACUUUGAGUCGGCGUCUUUCAAAUUCAGAAAGGCAGCUGUCGGGAUGGGUAGCACAACGGUUGAGCUCGAGCGCCAUAGCAGCGGUCUGCUUGACGACACGGAGUGGAACCUUUUGAACAGCGGAAUGGCCCAGUACUACUCACACAUUGUUGCCCUGUUUGAGAAGCAGAGAGCAUAUUCCUAUGUGGUCGAGUUUGCUCGGUUAUCCAUGCAGUUCAUCGGGAGCAAGCCAGAAAACGCCAGCAUCAAGACAGACAUGCUGAGCCGCCUCUUCAACGCGGCGUUGGCCACGUCCCAGUUCGAGCUGGCCCACACAACGCUGCUGUCGAUGAAGGACGAAGCCCUGCGGCACUACAACUUGCGGAAACUCGUGGAUAAGAUGUGCGAGACGUAUCACAACUCGGAGCUGGUGACGCUGCCGUUCCCCGGGAUGCAGCAGGAGGUGGACGACAUCCUGUCGCUGCGCUGCAAGACCAUCAUGGACGUCAUGCACGCGUUCCCCUACCACCAGGUGCUGUACUCGUGGCGGAUCAAGCACAACAACUACCGGGGCGCCGCGUCCGUCAUCCUCGACAAGAUCCAGAAGCUGAGGCUGGCCGGCGAGGGCGACCAGAUCGCGGGCGAGGACGUGCUCGACACGCCGGUGACGAGGCAGUACCUGCUGCUCAUCAACGCGCUGAGCUGCGUCGACGCCAAGCAGGCGUGGAUCUUUGACGAGGGCGUGCCCGAGGGGGACAACGGCGUUGCCAAGCGCAAGGUCGUUUCGCUGGCGGACAUUCGGAAGCAGUACCAGGAUGAGCUGGAUCGGAUUGCGGCGAUUCAGAAUAACCAGUUUGGGUUUGAGGCGGGUGAUGUAAUGGAUAUUUCAUGA